UUUGCUUGUUUGAUGUACUUUGAAUCUUCUACAUUGUCAAUUGCAAUAAAUUAAAAAAGACAAAGUGAUUGAGAACCCGCCAAGAAAACUGCUUGACCUGGGGAAGCAGCAUAUCAAAUUUCAUUCAAUUGAAAGGUCUUAUCAAUACACCACAAUAAAAACACGCAAACUAAUGUUGUUUCUGCUUUCUUCAACACUGCCAAACUCACAUUUACGGAUCAACAAGACGUCCUUUCGAGUCAAUUGACUGUAAAUUGCGAACCAUCAUUUGUACAUUGAAGAACAGCAAAGGAUCAAAACUGCCAUCGUUGCUUCAGUCGGUAGACUUUUCAAAAUGGAAGAAAAACGCGAGAGACCUGACAUGAACCAAAUGAAAGACUUGAUGACCUGCCCUGUAUGUGCCUUGCUGUUCCGUGAGCCCAAGAUCCUGCCGUGUCUUCAUUCAUUUUGCACGCCUUGUCUGGAAAGUCUGGUUACUUUUGAUGCUCAACAACGGUCAUCUCUUAUAUGCCCACAAUGUCGCCGAAGAGUGCAGAUUCCUGGCGAAGGAGUUUCAACCCUGCAAACCAAUUUGUUUGCUCAAAACAUGCUGACCGUAAUCGCACUGGACAACUCUACCGUGAAUCAGAUCAGUUGUGAGAACUGCAUCAGUAAAGAGACACCAGUGUCAAGGUGCAAUCUGUGUCGUAAAUUUCUCUGCAAUUUCUGCACAACGGCACAUCGACGCUCUCGGGAUACUGUAGACCAUCCGCUGUUAAGUCUGGACGAUGUUCGUUCGUGUCUUCCAGGAGAAUUAGCUAAGCCUCUUUUUUGCAACGUUCAUAAGAAAGAAAAGUUGGUUUUGUAUUGCGAGUCGUGUCAAUCUGCAGUUUGUAGAGACUGCACCAUGAUGGAGCAUCGAAGUCAUAAAUACGCAUUUGCAAAAGAGAUCUACAACACGGAAAGAAGUAAAAUCGCUGAACAGCUCAGUGAAGCAAGAUCGACUGGUUUGUUACUGAAGCAAGGCUUAGCAGCAGUGAGCAAGAUGCGUGCUAACGUCGAUGAAAGAACACGAUCAAUGAUAAAAGAACUCAACGACAUCUUCACCCAAUGCAUGCGAACAAUAAACGAUAGAUACAGCUUUCUUUACAAUCAAGUUCAGAACAUCCGCAACGAACGAUUGUUGCAUUUGGACGCUCAAAAGUCGGAACUGGAGUACGCAUUCGGCUCAAUACAAAGUAGCAUUGGUUUUACGGAGUUGACGUUGCGUAAUAGCACUCAGGUUGAGGUUCUCGCCAUGAAAAAAUACAUCAUGGAUCGAAUGAAGGAGUUAACUGGCGCUCAACACAAUUGUAUUCCAGUUGCGGAUGAUAAUAUUCGUCUCACAGUGGAUAACAGGGUCAUGCAACUCCUCUCAGAACUUGGCCGAGUCGAGGACACGAAUACUAGCCCAUCAGCUUCCAUUGUCAAAGGCAUGGAUACCCCAGUCAUUGUUCGUCAAAUGGCUGGCUUUACAGUGCACUGCUAUGACGGACGUGGUAAUCCUCGAAAUAAAGGCGGGGAUCGUAUUGUCGUCACAGUACAAGCGGCUGAUGACACGUCGUUGUUGAUAAAGACCGAGAAAUGCUUUCAAGCACAAGUUGUAGACCGUCAAAACGGUUGUUAUUCUGCAACUUAUACAACCAACAACUCUGGAGAACAUUUAAUCACAAUUUUUAUUAAUGGUAUGCUACUAAAAGGCAGCCCAUUCUCCGUGAAUGUAUUAGACAAUAACAGUGAAGCAGUUCUUUCUACAAUAACAACCACAUCUUGUAUCAUUUCUCAAAGUAAUGAAGAUGCCGACUCGCUGUUACAGUUUGUUAACUCUUCUCCAUCAUUUGAAGUAAGCGUUUCUUCCAGUAGUUCUGGUACGAAACGUCAAGCGGAAGCGCAACCAGACGAUAUUAUUGAGAGUGAAGAUUUUCCAAAGAAAUUUAAGCUUGAGCCAAACGACUUUGAAUCUCUUCCGGACCAAUUGUUUGCGACAUCACCUGAUGUGGUACGUGUCAAGCAGGAAAGCACCGUAGAUAAGUUAACCUUUCCAAGAAAUUGUUGUUUAGCGACGCACUCUGCUAUUACCGUUAAGGAAAUCUCAUCUCCGUCUCACGGGAUUCAAGAAAGUACCGUUGAGCCUGUUCCCGAAAGGCCUGUUAUUGAAGAGCAAUCUUUGCCGCUAGAUACAAACUUCUUGACAGAUAAUUUAGAAGAAAUUUCAAACGUACAAAACUUCAAAGAUAAGUUUCCCGAUUCAGUCUUAUUAAACGAUCAUGUCACUGAGUCAAAUGCAGCUAACUACUUAAAACUUGAUUCGCCAGAAUUUUCGGUACAUCAUUUUAACGACACGAAACCAUCUAUGGACGAUGAGUCCAUAGUCUGUGAUCCGCAAACUCACAAUUUCCCAUACAAAAUGAACACUCCAGAACAUAAAUUUGCUCAAGAAUCAGAAAGCCCAUCAACAGAUUCUGCGGAGAAAGACUUCACUCAGAGAAGAAAAGUUUCUUCGCAUAAUUCAAAAGAAAAUGUCGCUGACGAAGAAAGUUCGUUGGAAAAUCAUUUGAGUGAAAUGAAUGACGAUAAACCUUUUGAAGUCACAAUGGCACCCGUCCAAAAUUUGGAUGAUAUAGAUAUGAAAAAUUCCUCAACAGUUGCCAAUGAAAAUAAAAAUUUUGUGAAGAGUAAGCAGGACGAAAAUGAAUGAAAUAUGUCUUGCCAAUCAUUUCAAACUUUAUAACAUGUGCAGUCUUACGUCAGCAUCAUUGUUGUAUUACUAAACAAGUGUACACGUGCGUCAUCAUCAUAUUGCUAGCCAUCGGGUUGUAUUCUUGAGCUCUAUUUGUUGUUUGGCUUCAGAGCCAGUGCGAAGCAAUACUCGGGUAAUUUAUGCAGCUGCUCAAUGUGUAGCAUACGUGGGAUUCAAUUAUUGACGCUAUGAAAAAUGGAAAGAAGCAAUUACUAAUUUAUAUUGUAACUCAUAUGACAAUAUCAAGUUUUGCUCCUUUUGCUAAAAUGAUAUAAGAACGCAAAACAUGAAUUAUACCUUGUUCAUAUUGAAACUCAAUGAUAUAAAUAAAUAAAAACAAACGUA